UCAGACACGGACUCUCCCUGUCAUAACAAUCUAGAAAACAGAAUGACUGACUUCACAUUUUUUGAAUAGCCCUUCAAAAUUUGAUAAGCUGUCUGUGUAAAACUGCGAGUACAAAAAAAGAAAACUUACCGGUAGACUGAAAGGUAUUUUGGUGACCAUGGCAAAACAAACAUGUCAUAUCUACCUGGCUCUGCUUCUGUUGCCUCUGUUUGCAUUCAGCACAGAUGCCAAGAUGGACAUCAUCACCAGUAAGCAAGAUGUUCAAGUUGGAAAUGAGAUUUUACUAUUGUGUAAAGCUGGGGGCGAGGGAGAUAUAACGUGGCAAAAGAAUGGCAUGGAGAUUGAUGAAGAGAUGGUAUCAAAGGUGGACGAGACCUCUUCUAAACUGCUCAUCAGGAGGGCCACAGUGGAGGAUGGUGGCAAAUACACCUGUUUGUGUGAAUUUGACAACGGGCACACGGAUGACGUUCAGACGCAGCUUUAUGUUUAUGACGGUCCUUCAUUUGGAAGCACCCCCACCUACCAUGAGUUUUUGGAGGGUACAGAUGGGAUAUUGCCUUGUCUGGUGUCGGGCCAGCCGGCAGUAGAUGUCCGCUGGAUAUACAACAAGGAGCAGAACUCUUUUUAUGGAAAUAAUGUUCGUCAGCAGCCUGAUAACACACUCUUGAUUGAGAAAGUGAGGAGACAGGAUGCUGGGACAUACAUCUGCCAUGCCCAGAUAAGAGGAAGGCCCAUCUACAAGCAGCUUUCCAUAUCUGUUGUUGUCAAUGCUCCUCCUACUGUGCAUCUGAGAGAAGAGGUGAAGAAAGUGAUAGCUGGACCAGAAACCAACGUUUCCUUGCUUUGUUUGGUCGACGGCCAUCCUAAACCUAAUAUUACCUGGAACAUGCCAGUAUUUUAUGACCCCUCACAUCACAAGUACAACUCUGACCGCAGCCAGUUGACCAUAAGAUCAGUUGUCAGGGACGACUAUGGGGAGUACGUCUGCACCGCCACCAACAAGAUCGCUGAAAGCAGCGCUACCAUCAUGCUUCACGUCUUUGAAUCCCCAGAGGUGUCUUUGUCUGUCGAAUGGCAGAACGUCAACGUGGGCGAGCGUGUGUCUGUGGCCUGUAACGUCUCCGGCCAUCCUCAGCCUGAACUACACUGGAUCAACAAGUACAAUGGACAAACACUGGACUCUUCUUCUGGUCGUAUCCGUGUUGAGGAAGGUGUGUUGGUGAUUGAUGAAAUAGUGCCCUCUGAUGGUGGUCUGUAUUCCUGCAUGGCUGUCAGCGUCACUGGCAAUGCUUCAAGAGAUGUUGCAAUUCACACACAGCCUGGACCACCUCUUUACCUAUCAGUGUCACCUGGACCUGCAUCAGUAUUCUUCUCCCUUACAACUCUGCCUGUCAGUGGGGGGACACCAAUCACAAACUUCGUUCUGCAGUGGAGGAAAAAUGCAGCCGAGCAAUGGAAGGAGAUCACAGUCCCAAAUGCUGACACUAUGGCUGUGACUUCCCUCGAGCCUUACACGUUAUAUACUGUGCGUUUGGCGGCUUUGAAUGCAGCAGGACUGGGACAAUUCUCAGAAGCGCACACUGCUCACACCCAAGGAAUACGAGGUGAACCAGACAGUCCAGUAUUAUUGUCUGAUAAGAUGAAUGUAGGGGACAACUCAUUCUCUGUCCCCCUUAAAACUUCGAAUGAUGGCGCGACUCCUGUCCUGCACUACACUCUGCGAUAUCGACAGGGUAAAGAUGGGACUGAGUGGACUGAGAAGCAACUGUCAUCCAACACUGACUCUGUCACUCUCAAAGACCUGACUUCCGGCUCUGACUAUCAACUAGAAGUCAUAGCAGUAAAUACUAAUGGUUCUUCUCUCCCUGCAACAUUCAACUUCACCAUCGCAGAACAACCUGUGCACAGCCGCAUGACCAAAGGCAGCGUGGUUGGCAUCAUCAUGGUGAUCUUCCUGGUGGUUUUCUUGGUGGUGGAUGCCACCUGCUGCUACAGAAACCGUUGUGGUCUGCUUAUGUACAUUGCUGUAAAACUUUUUGGACAGAAAGUUCCAGGCCUCAAAGUGCUUGAAGAAGGGGAGGGUACCACAAACGGGGAUAUGAAGUUGAAUGGGAUGUCUACCCCCAGAGGUGGCAGACACCAUCCAGGAGUUGACAUAAACUCUUCUAAGGAAGGCGGACCACUCACAGAGGUCACCUGUGACAAAGCGUCCCUCACUAAACAUGAGAAAACACAACCAGACAGAAAUCUACCCAAGACAGGUUAA